AUAUCCGAUAAUUUUACCGGAUUCGAGUAUUGUCUGAUGCACACCGCCGAUAACCCAAAAUUGUAGUCCGAUCUCUUGGCUAUCGGAUCCACUAAGACACCUGAAUUGUCCGAAAAAAAAUGUUGAACAAAAUGAAAACAAAAAACAAAAACAAAAACAAAUUAAGAACAGCAACGGUGUCGUCCGUCAACCAUGUCUUCCGCUUCUCAUCAUCUUUAACUACGCUCUUCUGAAGCUGUUGCUGAGAGUUCGCACGACACCAACGAUGGCGGCGACCACCGUGUGAGAUUUCUCUUGGCCUUGUGCACAAGACACCGCCAAGGGUGGUGGCGACGAAGAACAAGGAGUUCGACGAAGGAGAGGAUGAGGACCGCCAAUUCCAGUCGGAGCGAUCUCUAAACCAUCACCAACAGCAGUGGAGGAGACAGAAGCCGGAGCAACGGAUCGAAGGAAAAGGAUACUUUGAAUGGGACUCUAGGCUGUACCUGGUUGUAGGUGGAUCUGUUUUCUCCGAUACACAUCAUGGGUGACUCGACAGCAAUGACCAUCGAGUUCCUUCGUGCUAGAUUGCUUUCUGAGAGAACUGUUUCUAAAGCUGCAAAGGAGAGAUCUGAGCAGUUGACUACAAGGGUCAUGGAGUUAGAGGAGCAGCUUAGGAUCGUGAGUAUCCAAAGGAGAAAAGCAGAACAGGCAGCAACGGAGGCCAUCUCUAUUCUAGAAAUUCAUGGGAGCAACAAUCUAUCCGAGGCAGUUGAUUCUAGCUCUGAGAAAGAUGGAAGUCCUAGUGAUGGGAAAGAAUGUGAUGAAGCUUUUAAAGAAGAUGAAGCCUCGACAGCCUCGAAAGGGGAGAGGCUUGAAGUUGAGGAUGCACAAUCAAUUUCUGAGCAUGAAGUUUCUCCCUCCCAAGUUGGGAGCUUAUCAUGGAAAAGCCGUAGUAGCAGCCCAGAUUUCACUCGAAAGCUAAAAGGCAAACAAUUUAGGUCAAAGCAGAGACGAAUCAGUUUGAGGUCGUCUGUUGAAACUUCCCCAAAGUAUAAUUUGGGAAAGUCAUGCCGCAAGAUAAAACGAAAGGAAAUGAGAUCAACCGCUGAGGAUAAGGGUGAUUAUCAUCACAUUCUUGACGAUCACAAACCUGAAUUAUCUAGGAAUGUUUCAGAAAGUCAGUCAUCUUUUGUAGAUGUUCAAGAGAAAGAAGCUGAUGGUAGUCAUUAUGCAAUUGGGAAUGGGAGAGAUGAAGAGAUGGAGAGAGUUUUAAAGGAGCAAGCCCAGCUCAUUGGUCAGUAUGAAGCAGAAGAAAAAGCUCAAAGAGAAUGGGAACAGAAAUACAAUGAGAAUAAAAACUCAAACACGGAACACUUUGAACCUGGGAAGCAGUGUCAUGCAGCUGAAAUUAAUAUGAAAUCCCAGAAAGAGUCAUCUGCAUUUUUUGACAGAAUAGCAUAUGAAUAUGAAGAGGCAAAAUCAAGUAUUUGUGCUUUCUCCAGGACCGACAUACCUGGAUGUCUAUCUGAUGAUCCUCUGCUUAAAUUAUCAGAUGGCACAGAUCAACGAACUGCUGAUGGAGACAAAGAUGUAAAUAUCAUUGAAUUCUCCAAUGCCAUCGUGCCAACUGAUCUACCUGUAUGUGGGAUUGGAAGUGAUUCUCAAGCUUGUGUUGAUGGCAAUAAUGUGGCAGAAAACAACACUGAAGGUCUUGUUGUGGUUGCACUUCCCACAAAAGUAAGCACCAUUUCAACUCCACUUGGGAAAGUCAAUCAAAACUCUGACAGCGGGUCUAGUAGCAAUAUCAAUUUACAUGCACAUAGCCAUAUUAAUUCACCAUCAAUUGGAAGCCCUUCAACUGCUGAUCCCGUGAGAGAGAGACCUAAAUGGGAAUCAUCAGCAACUCAUGAUCUGUCCUACAUGAAACAAUCUCCAUCAGCUGCCACCAGCUUGGGGGGUGUUCUCGAAGCUCUCCAGCAUGCCAAGAACUCCUUGAGACAAGAGCUCCAUAAGUUGCCUUUGCCAUAUCCAGCCAUCAAGGCUUUACCAGCACAGAGCAACUACCAUGUUAGGGCUGUUGUAUCUGAUGAAUCUUCCAAAGUUCCCGUUUGUUCUGUUGGCCUGUUCAGAAUACCAACCGACCAUUCUCAUCAGUCACAAAAUUCAGAGCAUGAAUACCAUGGUUCAGGAUUAAGUUUGGCAGCUGGCCAUCCUCAUCUUGGAUACGCCAUCACUACAAGUGAUCGUCGUGGGUCAAUUAUUCCAUAUGUGUCCAAGGAAUCCAUGGGGACAUUGAAAUUCAGUAAUUACCUUCCAGGUAUGGACCUUCCUAGUCCACUUCUGUGUUCCCAACCUUGCUCGGGAUCGACGGCUGACAAGAUUCACUUCCCAAAUGAAAUUGGUGUUUCCCUAGGAAAGCAGCAUUUCAACACUUACUCCCCGGGAAUAGGAAUUCCUGCUUUCGACAGGUGUUCCCUGCCUUCAGAUUUAAGAACAUCCUUUCCAAGCAGAUCUGGAAGCUCCACACAUAAGCAGUAUUUCGAUUCCCGUUUAGGUACCCAAGAGCCUCCUUUGAGUACAUAUUCCUUUGCAUACUCAGGCUUGACAACAGAUCAAAUGCUCGUUCAUGAUGGACUUCCAAAACCUUAUACUUACAUGAGAAAUCGGACGCCUUCAUAUGGCGGUGAUGGUUAUGGUAAAUGGGACUCGAUCUGAUAUGCAGAUUUUGUAGCACUUGGUGUAGCACGUAAGUACUGUGAACUUACUCUUCCUGCAUGUAUUCCAUUGCUUUGCAUGACAUUUGAAGUUACUAGUUUCAGAUUGUAGAUGGUUCUACCUUUUUAUAUCUAGGAGAUGUUCUCUUUA